AUGGAAAAAUACGAAAUUGUGACUCCAUAUGAAGCUGACAGCAGUGGUGAUUAUAUCUCUCUCUCAGUAAUUCAUCCGCAGAGAAAGAAGCGAUCAGUUCAUAGCAUUGGUGAUGAAUCUCUAUACUUCAAACUCAGUGGGCUUGGCCAGGACUUUCAUUUGGAGCUAAGAACUUCUGAAGGCUUAAUGCCUCCUGGAUUUACAGUUCAGACAUUAGGAAAACAAGGCUUAAAAUCUGUAGAGCAUUAUCACCCAGAGGAGCUGUGCUUCUAUCAAGGUGCGUUAAUAUCACACAACAACUCUUCAGUGGCACUUUCCACAUGCAAAGGCUUGUCAGGUUUGAUAAGGACAGAAGAAGCUGAUUACUUUUUGACUCCUCUACCUCAGCACCUCGCACUUAAGCACAAUUAUACAGCACCUAAAGGGCACCAUCCACAUGUCCUCUUCAAGAGAUCUGCAGAGCCCAAGGUGCAUCUUCAAAAUAAUGAGGUAACCAUGCACCAGAGGUCUAUGGGAAUUGGACAUGAUGAUUAUAAAAAUCGUCAUCAACACCGGCGCCGUAAUGACUACAAACAUGGACAGCUUCAAAAGCAGCACUACUGCGGAAGACGCAAGAAAUAUAUGCCUAAACCUCCAGAAGCAGAUAUGUACAUUCUACCAGAUGAGUAUGGAUUCUUGCCCAGAAACAAGCGUUCCUUGUUUAAGACCCGAAAGAAUGAAAAGCUCAAUGUGGAAACCUUAGUCGUGGUAGACAAGAAAAUGAUUGAAAACCAUGGCAACGAAAACAUCACUACUUAUGUGUUAACUAUACUAAACAUGGUGUCCACCCUGUUCAAAGAUGGCACGAUAGGAGGCAACAUAAAUAUUGUAAUAGUUGGGAUUGUCCUGCUGGAGGAAGAUCAGCCGGGUCUUUUAAUAAAUCACCAUGCAGACCGCACUUUGAACAGCUUCUGUCAGUGGCAGUCGGGAUUGGUGGGCAAGGAUGGUAAUCGUCAUGAUCAUGCCAUUCUGCUGACAGGCCUUGACAUUUGUUCUUGGAAGAAUGAACCUUGUGAUACUUUAGGUUUUGCACCUAUUAGUGGGAUGUGUAGCAAAUAUCGCAGUUGUACCAUCAAUGAAGACACGGGAUUAGGACUGGCAUUUACGAUCGCUCACGAGUCUGGACACAAUUUUGGUAUGAUUCAUGAUGGAGAAGGGAAUGUAUGCAAGAAGUCAGAGGGCAAUAUCAUGUCACCAACGCUUGCAGGCCACAAUGGGGUCUUCUCAUGGUCAGCCUGCAGUCGGCAAUAUCUAUAUAAGUUUCUGAGCACUUCCCAGGCAACUUGUCUUGUUGAUGAACCAAAGCCAGCAAAGGAGUACAGAUACCCGGACAAGCUGCCAGGAGAACUCUAUGAUGCCGAUACACAAUGCAAGUGGCAAUUUGGGGAGAAGGCCAAACUCUGCAGGCUAGAUUUUAAAAAGGAUAUCUGUAAAGCACUAUGGUGUCAUAGAGUUGGCCGAAGAUGUGAAACAAAAUUCAUGCCAGCUGCUGAGGGCACUGUUUGUGGCCUCAAUAGGUGGUGUCGUCGUGGACAAUGUGUAAAACAUGGGGAUUCAGGACCAAAACCUAUAAAUGGCCGUUGGUCAAAUUGGUCAAUGUGGUCACCUUGUUCGAGGACCUGUGGAGGAGGAGUAACCAACCGAGAACGUCAGUGUACAAAUCCGAGGCCACAGUAUGGAGGAAAGUUCUGUGAUGGCACUCAUCGUAUGUACAAGCUUUGCAAUAAUCAAAAAUGCCCUAAAAAUAGCAUUGAUUUUAGAUCACAGCAGUGUGCAGAGUACAACAGCAAGCCUUUCCGAGGGUGGUACUACAACUGGAAACCAUAUAUUCAUGUUGAAGACCAUGACCUUUGCAAACUCUAUUGUGCAGCAGAGGAUUUUGACUUCUUUUUCGCUCUUUCAAGUAAAGUCAAAGAUGGAACACCAUGUUCUGAGGAAAGAGCUGAUGUGUGCAUAGAUGGUAUAUGCGAGGCAGUUGGAUGUGACCGUGUACUGGGUUCUAAUGCUCUGCCAGAUGCAUGUGGGGUCUGCAAAGGGAACAACUCAACAUGUAAAAUCUACAAGGGCCAAUACAGCAAACAGCACUAUGUCAACCAGUACUACACAGUAGUUGUUAUUCCUGCAGGGUCGUAUAGCAUUCAUGUAUAUGAAUUAAACAUCUCCAACACUUACAUUGCCAUUCGAAACCAACAGCAGAAAUACUAUCUCAAUGGCCAUUGGACAUUGGAUUGGCCUGGACGGCACAGAUUUUCCGGCACAGUGUUUGACUAUAAAAGGCCAUACAAUCGACAGGAAAGCCUUUCUGCCAUGGGCCCUACCAAUGAAACAUUAGUAAUAGAGAUACUACUUCAGGGCAAAAAUCCAGGGAUCGGAUGGGAAUAUGCCUUGCCAAAAUCAUCGACUGAGAACAAAACAGCUCCAAAACACAAUUACACAUGGGCUAUUGUUCGUUCUGAAUGCUCAGCUUCUUGUGGAGGAGGUCGGAUGGCAACAAAAGUAGCCUGUUACCGUGAUCUUCGUACACAGGUAAACCUCUCUUUCUGCAAUCCAAGGAGCCGACCAGCCACUGGAGUGAUCUCUUGUAAUGUACUGACCUGUCCCGCAAGCUGGGCUGUUGGUGACUGGGGAGAAUGUAGCCAAACGUGUGGAAGAGGUGAACAGUUCAGACAAGUCCACUGCACUCGAAGACUUGCCUACAAUAAGCUAGAGGAUGUGCAUCAUGCGUUGUGCUCAUUCCCAAUGCCGAUACGAAAGCAAGCUUGCAAUACUCGUAACUGUCCACCUGCGUGGAGUGUAGGAGCUUGGUCUGAGUGUUCCCGAACAUGUGGAAAAGGAUGGAGGAAGAGGACUGUCAUUUGCAAGAGUACGAAUCCGACUCCCAGGGCUCAGAUCCUACAUGGUAGUGCUUGCAAGGCAGAACCAAAACCCAAAACCCAGGAAACCUGCCUGCUGAAACGCUGUCAUAAACAUCGAAAAAUGCAAUGGUUUAUAUCUACAUGGGCUGAGUGUUCUGUAAGUUGUGGUAAAGGGAUUCAGAAGAGACACUUAAAAUGUGCAGACAAAGACACUUCUGGAAAAUAUAAAGAAUUUGCUUAUAAAAGGUGUAAUCACUUGCCAAGACCUAACCUGGAGUUGGAGAGAGCAUGCAUUCUAAGUGUAUGUCCAAAAGCACCAAAUGAAAGGACCUUCAGCAAUGCAUUAGCAAGCUGGUAUGCCUCACCUUGGUCUCAGUGUUCUGUUAGCUGUGGUGGGGGUGUGCGAGCCCGUGCAGUGCAGUGUCUUACAUACGGCAGGCCCACCUCAGGGUGCCUUCUGCAUCAAAAACCUGUCACCACAGAAGCUUGCAACACCAAUUUCUGUCCUCUACCUGAAAAGAAAGAUGUAUUUUGCAAGGAUUAUUUCAACUGGUGCUACCUGGUGCCCCAGCAUGGUGUUUGCAGUCACAAGUUCUACGGCCAGCAGUGUUGCAAAUCAUGCUCCAAGUCAAAUAUAUAGAAGAACCUAUGAAUGAACAAACUACAUUAAUUUUGAUAUAAGGAAGCUGCACAUUGUAAUUUCGGUUGCAUCUGUCGAUUGAAGAGGUAAAGACUAUUCAGGUUCUCGCUUGUACAUGAAACCUGGCAGCAUUCCACCUGUCAAUCAAUGAAAGAUAAAAGACAGCUUUCCUUGUAUAUUACAACCGCCAGAUCAGCAAAAUGUUUGCAGCACUGCCCAUAUUGGAAUUCUUAGAUUCACAAGCAACAAUGAACGAUGUCUGUACAAUACCGAAUACUUAAGUGCAAGAUUGAAAAAUAUCACCAUCUAUUCAAAGGAAGAGUCAGUUUAUUGACCUACAAAAUCUGGGUCUAUGAAAUAAACUAAGCAAAGAUUUUGAAAACCAGAAAGCAUUUAAAAUACUGUGUAAACAAGGUGGGGGAGAGGGCAAAGGAAGCUGAAGUGAAUUUUCCCAACUAUUUAUUUUACCUCAUUUAAAUAAAAUGAUGACCAUUAAAUAAAACACACUGUGCUAUAUUAAAACUACUGUAGCUAUUAUGCCAUUGUAGUGAGCCCUUUGACCCACUGGUUUCGAGAAACAUUUAGUCUUUAAAUGAUCAAUGGUGCUUUUUUUUAAGACAGUAAGAACAUGUAACUGUUAAUUAUUAAAUUAUGCUCUCAAAACACAUAUUCAAGACUGCAGAAGCAGAUACAAAUGGACUAUUUUGACAGCGAAGAUGAUAAUUACGUCAGUACGUGACAAAAAUUUGAAGGUGCUUUAUUUAUUUAUCAAAGUGAUAGGUCUUUUUAGAACUGGUGGCCAUCUUUUCUGAAAAUGAAGUUCCACUCUCUGCACUACAGCUAAUUGUGUACCAUAAUAGAGAUACAGAAACAAACAUUAUUCAAUAUCAUCUUUAAAAUAUCAUUCAAUGUAAUACUUUCACUUUAUUAUUGUUGAGCUUCAUGGUACCACUAAAUUAACAAUGGUGCUUUCAAGUACAACCUUAUUAGAAUUUUUUUAAGGAAAACAUUCUAAUUUAUUUACAAUUAUCUUGCAAAUUUGCUGAAAUGUUUGCCUUUUGCAAAAAAAAUGCACAGUUUAAAAUAAUCAGAAUUGUUGAAGUAUCAUGGUUACUUUAAACUUUAUUCAAUUCUGUGCAGUAAUACUGUAAAAGUUUUUCACCCAGCUGUGAGAAAAAUAUUUAUGUUUUU